AUGGUCAAAUCCAGCACACCUAUAUGGGUUUUGUUGUUUUCGUUCAUGUUUGGAUUUGAAAGACCUCGUUUACUGUUGGUGGCAAUUAUUGUGGUAAUGGUAGCUGGUGUCAUAUUGACUGUGGAGGGAGAAACAAAGUUUGAUCCAGUGGGGUUUGCGUUGGUAUUGAUUGCUUCGAUUGUAUCCGGCUUACGGUGGAGCAUGACACAGCUGUUAUUGCAGCAUGAAAACAUGGGCAUCAGCAAUCCUAUUGCUACAUUGUACCAUUUGACGCCUGUGAUGUUUGUUACAAUGUUUACACUUAGCUUGGUAUUCGAACACCCAUUAGAUCAAUUCCAGCAUUCGAAACACUUUGACACAGUAUCACAUAUCAUCGAGUCAUUUGGACUUAUGUCAAUUGGCGGGCUCUUGGCGUUUGCAAUGACUUUGGCUGAGCUGUAUCUCAUCAAGAGUACAAAUACGGUGACAUUGAGUGUCGCAGGGAUCAGUAAAGAGAUUGUUGUUAUUAUGCUCUCUGUGAUGAUAUACGGAGAUGUCUUGACACCUAAAAACGUGUUGGGUUUGCUUGUUUCCAUCAUUGGCAUUGUUGCUUACAAUUACUACAAGCUAUCCAAGGAAAACGGCUCAGAGAAAGGGCACUACCAGAUGAUUCCGAUGCACUCAUCUUCAUCCAAUAGCAAUUUAAACAGCUCUUCCACAAGCAGCUUAACCACUAGGAAUCUAAGAGAUUGA